UAGCGUGCAUUAACUGCAAUUAAUUGACAGCCCUAGUUUAUUUUUAUAUUUUUAAAAAUUAACUUUACACACAGGUGGUAUUAAUGACUUAGGCCUGGUCUACACUGUGCGUUUGUCGGAUUUAGCAGCGUUAAAUCAAAUUAACCCUGCACCCAUCCACACAACGAAGCCAUUUUUUCGACAGAAAGGGCUCUUAAAACCGAUUUCUGUAAUGCUCCCCAACGAGGUGAUUAGCGCUGAAAUCGACACCACCGUUUCGAAUUAGGGUUAGUGUAGAUACUAAGGUAUUGGCCUCUGGGAGCUAUCGCACAGUGCACCAUUGUGACCACUCUGGAUAGCACUCUGAACUUGGAUGCACUGGCCAGGUGUAAAGGAAAAGCCCUGGGAACUUUUGAAUCUCAUUUCCUGUUUGGUCAGGCGAGCUCAUUAGCACAGGUAACCAUGCAGUCCCAGAAUUGAAAAAGAGCUCCAGCAUGGAUCGCACAGGAGGUACUGGAUCUGAUCGCUGUAUGGGGAGAGGAAUCCAUGCUAUCAAUCUACGUUCCAAAAAACGAAAUGCCAAAACGUUUCAAAAAAUCUCCAAGGCCAUGGGGGACAGAGGCUACAGCAGGGAUGCAACACAAUGCCGUGUGAAACUUAAGGAGCUCAGACAAAUGUACCAGAAAACCAAAGAAUCAAACGGACGCUCCGGGACAGAGCCCCAGACAUGCCGCUUCUACGCUGAGCUGCAUGCAAUUCUGGGGGGGCUGCCACCACUACCCCACCCCGUCCGUGGACUCCAGUGAUGGGGUACUCUCCACCAUGCCUGAGGAUUUUGCAGACGGGGAAGAUGAGGAGGAGCUGGAGGAGAGCACACAGCACACCGUUCUCCCUGACAGCCAGGAUCUUUUUAUGACCCUGACUGAAAUAUCCUCCCAAGCCAACGAAGCUGGAGAAGGGACCUCUGCAGCUGGAAAUGUUUCAAGCCUCCCUCCUCCGUCCCAAAGGCUAUCUCAGAUAAGGUGGCGAAAAAAAUGCACGCACAAUGAAAUGUUCUCUGAGCUCAUGCAGUCUUCCGGCCCUGACAGAGCUCAGCAGAAUGUGUGGAGGGACACAAGAGCAGAGUACAGGAAAGGGGCUGAUGAAUGUGAGGAGAGGUGGUGGCAGGAAGAUCAGAAGAGGCAUGAGGCAACGCUGGGGCUACUGCGGGAUCAAAUGGACAUGCUCCAGCAUCUGGUGGAGGUUAAUGAACGGCAGCAGGAUCACAGACUGCCACUGCAGCCCCUGUUUAACCACCCACCCUCCUCCCCAAGUUCCAUAGCCUCCUCCCCCAGAUGCCCAAGAAUGGGGGGGAGGAGGGGCCUCUGGGCACCCAACCUCUCCUCCCCAGUGGACAGCCUAAACAACAGAAGGCUGGCUUUCAACAAGUUUUAAAGUGGUCUUUUUCUUCCCUCCUUCCAAACU